UAUUCCAACUUGUUUAAUUUUACGUUGAAUUUGAAUGCUAUCUUCCAUAAAAUAAAAACAAAUUUUUUUCCUAUCGCUACCGUGGAACACUUUCUAUUUUCAUUAUCUAUAUGUUUGUAUCAGUAAUAAUAUCCAAACCAACUUUAUAUAUUUAAUUUCUUUAAGCUAAACCAAAAUACACGACACAAUCACUUUCUAGUGUUCCGUUAGAUGUCCUUCCUUGAGUUCCUUCUUAUAUAUAUCCAUCUAUGUAUCUAUCCAAUCUUCUGAACCUCUGCUUGCAAUUCUUUUCUCUCUUUUAAGUUUCAUAAAAUUUUACAAUAAAAAUAUUAUAUAAAUAUGGCUGGUGGAGAAAAAGAGCGAACGUUGGAGGAAACGCCAACCUGGGCUGUUGCAAUUGUGUGCUUUGUUUUGCUUGCUAUUUCAAUCAUCAUAGAACAUAUUAUUCAUGCUAUUGGAAAGUGGCUCAAAAGAAAUAACAAAACUGCUCUUUAUGAAGCAUUAGAGAAGGUUAAAGGAGAGCUUAUCUUGUUGGGAUUCAUAUCUCUACUCCUCACGGUGUUCCAAAAUCCAAUUUCUAGAAUAUGCAUAUCAAAGAAUGUUGCUUCAACGUGGCAUCCAUGUGCCGUCCCAAAGAAAAGUAAAUCUGGUUACGAAGAUUCUGAUGAUGAUGAUGGUGAUGAUGGUAAUCGUCGAAAACUCUUAGAGUAUUUAGGCCACAUACCUCGCCGUGUUCUUGCUACAAAGGGAUACGACAAGUGUGCAGAAAAGGGAAAGGUUGCUUUUGUUUCUGCAUAUGGAAUUCACCAGCUCCAUAUAUUCAUUUUUGUCCUGGCAAUUUUUCAUAUACUACAAUGUAUUAUAACACUAGCUUUGGGAAGAACCAAGAUGAGACGAUGGAAGAAAUGGGAGGACGAAACAAAAACAAUUGAAUAUCAAUUCUACAACGGUUCAACAACAAAACUACCACAAAUUCAAAUUACAACAAUAAUGCUAGAUCUGUAAUUGGAACUUCUGAUUCAAGAACCAGCCUACCUAAAUGCGAAAUACAAGCUCUGAAUGUUGGUGAUCGUACGUGGUGGGAACAGAACCGGCUGAGAAAGACAACAAUAUCCACAGCGACAGUAAAGAAAAUCUCAUGUCCUAAAAUAUUCAAGCUGUGAUGUUAAUGAUUUGAUGAACUAGAAGAGAGAGAGAAAGAGUGAAAGUUAAGAGAAUGAGAAAAUUAAAUU